CAGGAGACUGUGACAGCAACAGUCUUCAGUCAGAGGCCUCUUCACAUUCAUUGCAAGAUUGACUGCAAGUGGAGACUUUCUGAAGGUACUUGUAUGAGAUGAGUUUUUGAAUAGUGUCUGCCAUGGCUUCAUCUGCUUGCAUAAAACGGAUGAUACUCGGUGAUGGUCCCCUGAUCUUGGAUGGUGGACUUGCAACUGAACUAGAGGCGCGUGGAGCUGAACUUCAGGGGGAUCCUUUAUGGAGCGCCAGGCUUUUGCACACGAACCCCCAGGCAAUAAAGGAGGCUCAUUCCAGGUUUCUCCUCAGCGGCGCUGAUGUCAUCACGACUGCAACGUACCAGGCGAGCGUCCAGGGAUUCAUCAGCCACCUGGGCGUGAGCUGCGAUGAGGCCAGAGAGCUGCUGAUGUCCGGAGUUCAUCUGGCCAAAGAGACGGUGGAGACUUUCCGCCCCGGGGACAGAAGUCUGUUGGUGGCGGGCUCCGUUGGGCCAUACGGAGCCUUCCUCCAUGAUGGAUCGGAGUACAGCGGGGCGUACGCGCAGAGGAUGAGCGUGGAAGAGCUCAAACUAUGGCAUAAGGCGCAGGUGGAGUGCUUAGCAGCAGCGGGGGCCGACCUCGUGGCUUUUGAGACCAUCCCGAGUAUCAAAGAGGCCCAGGCCGUGGUGGAGCUGCUGAGGGAGUUCCCGGACUGCAACGCCUGGCUGUCGUUCUCCUGUAAGGACGAGAAGCACAUUUCGGACGGCAGCCCGUUCGUGGACGCCGUUCGGCUCGCCUGCAGGUCGCCCCAGCUGCUCGCUGUGGGAGUCAACUGCUGCCACCCGGCGGUGGUGGAGCCGCUGCUGGACUCGGCCAGGGCGGCCCUGGGCCCCGGCGUGAGCUGGGUGGUGUACCCAAACAGCGGGGAGGAGUGGGACGCCGAGCAGGGAUGGCCGAGGUCAGAGUGGACGGCAGGAUGGACGCCCGAGCUGAGCGGCGCCUGGCUGAAGCAGGGAGCCGCCCUGUUAGGUGGCUGCUGCCGCAUCGGUCCGGCUCACAUCGCAGCGUUGAGGCGGCAGCUGAAAGGAAGCAGCUCGUCUUCAUCGGAUCCGGCCGACAGCAACACAUGAAGAGCGUUUAUGAUCCUGUCAAAACCCGUAAAAAAAAACAACCUCAAAGCUCUCCUUCAUCAUGUCGGAUUAACUUCAAUAAAGUGGUAUUUGGUGAAACAGUGGUUCGCGUUUGGUUACACAGCACACCUUGUACAGUCGUCUAACUGCAGUCUCUCAAAUAAAAUGAUUCGUCGUUUUGGAUUUUAUCAUUUGUAUUUUCAUCCCGUCAAAUGACGUAGAGCAGGGGUGUCAAACUCAAUUUGAUUUUGGGCCAAAUCAAGAUCGUGAAUGUUUUUAGAAGUGCCUGAAUGUUUUUCUGAAACCCGUUAAACUUAAAAUAUAAAUAAAUCCUUAAAAUGAAAUUAUAUUAUUUAUCCAAUAUUAUUUGCAAUUUUGCGAUUGUUUUUGGGAGUUUUUACACUAACAGUCAAAGUGUUUGUGGUACCGAUUUAGAAAUAUUUGCACUCAUGUAUGAUGGGGAAAUGCAAAUUUUUAUUACUCGUUACUCACAGGAGUAAGAAACACAUUCACCUGUAAGUGGAAAUAAAAAGCACCUUGGAUCUAUUUUUGUGAAAAAUCUGCAAUAAACUCACAAUUACGUAUUAGCGCAAAAAAAGUGCAGGGACUUGUUGACUUUGUGUGAAUUUUCACGAUAAUUUGCAAAAAAGUGGAGGGACUGAUUGAUGGAUUUUGGCAGAUAAAAACUGCUGUGAUUUGAUUGAUAAAAUAACAUUUAAGCACACUGUUAUCUUGACGGCUCUAUUUCUGCGUCCCGUUAGAGUCUAGAGGGCCACAUGAAAAGCUAUGCUGGCAGAAAACAGUGAAGGUUGCAGGUUAAAUGCAUUCAUGUAUGUACAGUUUAGGACCAAAUUAUUGACCUGUCAGAUUCAGGUUAGCCCAGCCAGAGUCAAAAACGGAAUCGGAUAUUAUAGUGACUCGCUCUUAAUCAAAGAAAACAAAAAACCCUCAGACUGGGUCGACCUUCUGGAUCCAAUGAACGAACACUUGAGGAUCGUCAUUGGUCUUGCCGUCUCCGACAAGAUGCUAAUUUUAAAGUUGCACACUUGCAGUCAACUUAGUACAACCAAAAUGUUCACAUGAUUGCUGCAACGCAGUGUUCAACAGCGACAAACGACGGUCAAAAUAUGUGCACACCUGCUGAGAGCUGACCUGUGACUCCGUUUAACUCAAAGAAAGCCACCUACUGUGACUUUUAGGUAUUGCACCAAGCAGAAAAUGAACACGAGGCUCCAAAAUAUGGCUCUAACUGAGAGAGAAUCUGUGGAGGGGCGAACAGAUCGGGGUGAUGGAAAGGCGACUUGAAAGACUUGGAGUUCAUCACCAGAGAUAAAUAUUGAGAGAUGACCUUCUACUUUAUCAGAAACAAACCUUUUAUUUAAAUUUAAACCCAUCUGGGUUAUAAAUAAAUCAAAAUUAUGUUUGGUCAAAGCUUGCUCUUGUGUUUUGUUGAUUUUCAUGGCAGAACCUCAGUUUUCCACAAGAGUACAAGUCUCUUUACGCACAAAGCUGGUUGAGACAUCUUCCCGUUUACUUUCCACUUUACAAGUCUGCACUAUUUUGCGUUGGUCUAACACAAAAUCUCAAUAUAGUACACACAGGUGUGCUGUUGUAGCCAGGUAUGAAUACUUCUGCACGGCACUGUCACUUGUAGAGAGAGAAAUUGGACAGCUUCAUGGUGUUAUUUUUAAAAAAAUCUGAUUUUAUUGUAAAAUGAAUAACUACGAGAAUCCCACGUGAACAGGCUUGCUUAAUCACAUCUGUGUUAGCUGAAACACAGAUGGCAUCACAACGCUGCAAACCAAACCGUGUUCACAGAAAUGAAAACAUGAGGAUCGCAUUUUUAAAGAGAUGUGACACGCAUGUACAGCUCUUUAAAAAAAAACCAACAAAAAAAACCAUGACGAUCCACAUAUCUGUUACUGGAGGAUUUCACGAAUCACGGCAGAACGUUGGCCGCUUUCACAACACUUUGACUGGACGCCAUUUCCACUGAACUAAACCACUGCGAACCAGGCGAGCGACAUUUCCACUGACUGUACCUGUACAAUAAACACUGUUGUUGCGUCAUUUCUGUACCAAACGGGAUUGUGGGUAAUGCUGUUGUGCGUUUUCUAGGCAGAACUAGCUCGAUAUGAAGCCCACAGUACCGCUGCAGCCAGGUUAGGGUGAAGAGAAAGACCUGGGACUGUGUUCACACCAAUGUGUCCACGAUAAAGAGAUGAUGGCUAAGAGCAGCAGUGAUUGAACUAAAAAAAAAUUCUAGAGUUUUGAUGUUUAAAGUAAGUUUUUAAACCUUCAAAAGUGUUGAUGCGACUGUUUGCUUCUGAAGCUUUACCAAACACUCGUCAAACUUUACCAAACACAUGUGGCCAUUGUAGAAGGAGAAAAAAAAAAGUAAAUAUCUGCCAAAAGACAUUUCGGAUUAAUCUCAGAAUUUUUC